UGUGCGGUGGCUGCAGUUUCCCAGUCGGGAGCUUUGGUUCAUUUGGGCGGCUGCUUAGACAAGCUGAGCGAACCGGAGCGCUGCCAUGGCGUCUGUACUGAUGGCCUGGGUUUGGAUCGGAUUAGCACUAGCCCGGCACAACAGCGCAGAGGGCCACCGCUAUGCACCCGGACGUUUGGACGGCCAGGAUGAGCUUUAUAACGGCGGCGAGGAGCUGUUUGCUGCGGCUCUGGAACACAGGAGCGACCGCACUUUCUUGGUGCCCGUUUGGAACUUUUUCCAAGGAAGUGGAAAAGGGUCAGAGAAGUCGUAUUUCAGCCAGCUACUGUAUCGCUGCAGUAAUGGAACACUUUCCCUGCGCAUUUCACUUAUUCGAUACUCAAAUCUGCGUCUUGCAGAUGGGACACGGUUGUUGUCACUCUCUGACCGGUGUCACAGUUCCAGUCAUAUUGAAAGGUGGUGGUUGCUGGUGAAGCUCCAUACUGGCUGCCACACAGCAAUACAGACUGGAGAUGGAUCUGUUCUCUACUCAUUAACGCUGCAUUAUUUCGACCGUAUGCUGCAGGAGAACAUGACGGGGAUGGCCGUCUGUGAGAAUCCAGAGAUGUCACCACGAGCACCAUUGGUGACUUGUGGAACAACACGUAUGACUGUGAAACUGCCACGUGAAACAAAACUUAAGAAAGUGAAAGAGCUUGGCUUUCUGACUAACAAUGGAUUCUCUGUAAGACAACUGAGAACCCGCAGUGCAUUAUUUGUGGUGAUUUCAGACAUAGCAGACAGGGAUUCUGGCUUUGAACUGGUUUGUGUUGACUCGACUGGGAAGAUGUACACAAUGCUUGCAGCUUGUUCCCUUUUGUUGCCUAAAAAAGUUGGAAGGCAUCAUGUUAGGAGAUCUGUAGAUGACCCAGAUGUAUUUGACUUGUGGGGCUUUGAUGAUACUCCUACUGAACCAUUUGAUCCAGAAACGCCACAGACGACAGCACAGACAACUCAGCCAACAGAAAGCCCAGUAACUGACACGGACAUAACCACAACCGUGGAACCUGAUUAUGAUUCAGGAUUUAAUGACUUCUGGGGAUUUCAAGAAAUACCUGAAGUGCCCUACGACGGAGUAGACGUAGAGAUACCUGGGACUACUGCUUCUACAACAACUGUCACCACUUCACCUGCCACAGUCUUGACAACCACAACUACCACGACAACCACCACGACAGCUGUGACUGCUGUGACGACCGCGACUACUGCUACAACCACCACCACAACGACGACCCCCACCACCACGACGCCCCCGUUUGUCACAACGACCACCAGUGGCACCACCUCCACAACGAGCACUGGAUCAACACCUACCACUAGUGCAAGGAAUACAUAGUGAAGCAGCUGAACAAUGGAAGACCAGUGCUGACUUAAUGAUUAAAUGUAUAACAGAUGUAAAAUAGUGGAUAUGUAAUAAAAUAAAUGUUGGCAAUU